UUUCCUCCUGUCCCCAACCGUCUAUGGCAUCCGGAAAACCAAGAUGAGAUCUGGGUCAUUAUAUUUUCAUCGCUAUCGCAUUCAGUCCCGAAGCAUAGGUAGACUGUCGUCCAACAAAGACAUUCCGACAUUCUUAUUUCCUAUCAUUCGUUGUCGAUAGUUAUCGGUUCAACCCUCUUUUCCAGAGUGAUGGCCAACGACAACCAAUCUCGCUCUGACGGGGCUAGAUGCAGAAAAGGAUGGCCCCAAGCUUCCCGCGAUAUCGAGCCCGGCAAGCAGGACAAAACAGCGACGCCCCGCAAAGAUAGCACCGCCGACCCCUGUCACGACAAGAACGACGACGUGUCUCCGCCGUACAAACAACCAGGAAGACGCGAGCGGGAUUCGGACAGCUGUUGGGCACGCCAAGCCACGGGACAAGCAGGCGGGGGCCCGAUAGCGAUGGCACACCCCUGGGACCGCUUGCUGCCUGGGUACUGGGACAGCGGCAGAAUCUUUAGCUGGCUUGGCGGUAUCCCCGAGAAAUGUUUGCCCGCGGACGUCUCCUUCGCGAUGGGGUGGAUGCCACUUGGAUCUGAAUCGAGCUGGGUGGAGGCAGACGAUGGGAUAUCGCCUGAGAGUGCACCCGGCUCCGGUCUUGGGGGAAGCGCUGGAUCCGGGUGAUGGUCGUCAUUACUCUUUCCAUGGCCUCCUGGGUUGGUAAAACUGGUACCUGCGUCCGACCCGACCCGGCGCUCCUCGAUGCAAUGAUCUCCCGCAACUGUGCUGGGGGGUUUUCUGGAAAUCAUGUCAGGGACGUGGGAGGUGACCUCAGCGUGGAUGCUGGUUUUCUGAAUACUUCCUGUUUGGGUUGGACGUUCAGGAAUAGCGUGUAUUUUUUUUGUCUUCUUCUUUUGCCUC